AUUCUCUAGGUUUUUGGAAACAGGUGCCCUCGCAUCUUCUAGGAUAUGGAUACUGCCAUUACCCUAGAUGAAAACGCUCUUCAGUGGUGUAACGGAAAUUAUGAACUGGUUUACUCAUGUUUGAAGCAUUUGAGGAAAUUUUCAAAAAGAAAAGGGCCAAGGAGUAAAUCACGGGAUGGAAGUUAUAAACUCGGAUUUUUCCAUAAAUUCUGGAACAAAUGUUUACCAAAACAUUUAGUAAAGGAUGAUUCUAGUGUAUUGAAGGAGAAUGAAUCCGACGAUGAGUUGACGGAAUCUGAAGAUGAGGACUUUGAGGAUUUGUGUGAUCCAAGCAAAGAUGUUAAUUUAAAGACUAAUUUGUCCACCUUAAAAACAGCAAUAGUUGAUUGUAUGACUAAAAGUGAUUUUCACAGGCCAAGACUAGUACCCAAAAGAAGAUUAUAUGUUACUAAAGAGCAGCUUACACAAUAUGUAAGCUCAAGGUUCAAGGAUUUGCUUGAAAAUCUGGAUAAGAUUGAGGAUUUCAGUAAAAUAUGUAAUGUGGAUCAGUUUCUAUGCUGUGAGUUGUUGUACGAAGGGUUGUUCUACUAUGGAGUUAACGACAGUCAGCACAUGCCAGAGUUUACAAUAAUAGAGAACAUGCUCUUCAGACAAACACUAUUCCAACUCAGGAGUAUCAUAUCACUAUUCUACUUUGUAAAUAAUGGAGAAUAUUUGACGGACGAUAAGUUUGAGCCAGACGAAGUGUUUCCAGAAGCCAUUGAUAUUUUAAAAAACCUGACCGAUAGAGGCUUAGUUAGGAACUUGUUCAUAUUACUUCUGUCCACAAUUGAUGAAACAAACAGAUUUUAUGAGUAUAAAUCAGGAAAUGCACCAGAGUACCAUCUCAGUAUUAGUAGAGAUCCUAUUAGCCGUGAUAAACUGGACUACGACCUUGUGUUUAAGCAUAAUUCAUUAUACUUGAAUACUCUGUUUGAGUUAUUGUCAUCAUAUUAUACGGUUUUCUCACCAAUGGAAAGUGAUUUGAAGUAUUUGGUUUCAUUUUUGCCUCACGUAUUUGACUUCACGAGGAUGUUUAACUUCCCAGAGUUUGGAAAUAGUCUUUUGAUGCUGUUUGAAAACUAUACAGGGGAUGAUAUUAGUGCAUUUUAUCCUAAAUCACCCAGGUCAGUCAUGGUUUGGAUAACAACAAGGGAUUUUGAUAAGCUCACAGAUAACAAGUUGACGUGGAAAUUGUGUAACUUACUCAUGAUCAUGGUGAAUACAAAUAUUAAGAGAAUAGACCAGAACCUUAACAUGUCCUAUUUCGAUGAAAGCACUCUCAAAAUCUUCAAAAAAGAUCCUCAUCCCUUGUUCUAUAGAGGUUCUCUUGAUCAGAAUAAUUUGAAAACAGAAACUACACCCGAUUUUAAAGUGGGUUCAAAUAUGAAGGCCGGUGACCCUAAAGCUGAGGAAGUUGAGGACAAGCUUAAAUUUGAAAGAUUUGAUUCAAAGAAGUUGAAGGAUCUUGAGGAAACUAGAGAAUUGUACUCAGAUGUUGAGUUGGUGAUUGAUUUUGUACUUUACGGAGUAUAUUUUAAGGAUAAGGAGAAGAUACUGGAAGGCCUCAGCAGUAACGUGCUACGGAUAUUUCUUAAAGUAUAUGAGCAAUUUCUUGAAAACAAGGAAAAGUUUGAUAUAGGAUACCUACCAGUGUAUACAAAGUUGUUGAAGUUUCUAUUCUCUAAUCUUUUCAAACAGGGCGAAGGCCUGAGUAAGACUUGGUAUGACCUGAUAAACUACGAAAUCAUGUGUAAACGUAAAUUGGAGGAGUUAUCAAGACAAGUGGUUGAAGAUGAGAUUAACGCAGCGAUUUUUAGAGAGCCUGGAACUACUUUGAUAAAUUUGCUGCAGCUAUUUUCAAAGAUUUAUACUGAAAGAGACUCAGAAUUUCUGUUUAAGGUGUACCAGAGCAUAGUUGAGUCUUACAAGUGCCUAAUCCCAGACAGAACUUCACUCCUGUUCACACAUAAUAACGCAAAUUAUAACUAUGAUUACUUCAUAGUGAAAUCAUCCCUGACAGAUAAUAAACCGAUGGAUUUCAGAGGAUAUCCUAACUUACUACCUGGUCAAGUACAGAGUCAGAUACCAUUCCAAACUUUGACCCAAAAUUUUAAUCCCUAUAAUAAGAUAUAUUACAAAUCUCAGCAUGAGCACCUAUAUAAAUCAGAUAAUCCCAGUAGUAAGGAUAUGAUAACUUUGAAUUCUAAGGAUUUGGACCACUUGUUAUUAUUUCCAAACAGAGGCUUUAGCUGGCAUGAUAGGAACAGUGCACUAUUAGAGCUGGUUUCAUCGGCAUGUAAUAACAGAAACAUCUUUGUGGAGACUUAUCCUAAACUGAUGAUCGUUCUCUUGGAGUUUUCAGUGUUCUUAGCAGGUUUUCCAAAGGUUUCAGACCAACUUGUAACCUUUCUGAAUUCUGGGUUUUGUACUGAUAUGCAGUUUCCGUAUCUUCUACAGAGAGUGGUAACCCAGCUGAGGAGUUUAAACAGAGGGGAUUUCGAUCUGCUAUAUGAUCUUAUAUAUCAGCAGAUAAUAGCAAGAGAUGAUCGAAUAGAAAGUGCAGAAGCAACUCUAAAGAUUAACACAACAGUACCAAAUGAAAAUAUGAGUUCAGUUUACUCUCCUACCUUCGAGGAUACCACAGCUUAUCUGAAGGAUUAUUUUAAAUCACCACAUAACCCUAGUUCCCUAAACCCAUCAAAAUAUCUAGUUGGCUCUAAUACAGUCAAGUAUAAAGAUGAUUACUUGAAGGAUGUUGAAAAUUAUAGAAUUAAGGGUUUAAAACAGGAGGAGGAAGAUAUUUAUAAAGGGAUUAAGAGUGAACAUAGAAUGUACUCUAGAAGGUUAUACACGUUUCCACUAGUAAACACAACAAAGGAGGUAAAGAAAGCUUUGAGUAACCUGGGAUUGGGAACAUCAAUUCCAUUUGGACUAGUUGAAGUAUCCUCACUGAUUUUUAAGCUGGUAGUAACACUAGACCCACUGUUGUCAAGCUCAGACUUAAACCUCAGAAUGCAGUUAGUAAAAGGUAAAAGUGAUGAUUUGAGUGGUGAAAAUAAUAAUAAUAAGGGUAAGAAGAUGAUGAAAGGAGUUGAGACGGAAAAUAGACUAAAUGUAAAGUUUGGAAAUCAUACGUAUUUGGAUGUACUCUUUAGUAUACUUUCAAAUCCGUACAUAGAUGGGACUGAGCUUUUGGUUGGAAGUUUAUUGAGGAGCAUAGCAUCAGUACAUGUAACAGACCAUAAAUCCUGUAAACUGUCAUUGGUUAAACUAACACAAUUACUCCAAGAACCUUCAAGUACACUUAGUAGGACGCUUAACUACUAUGAGUUAUCCAAUUUGAUGUACUGCCUUACAGCUCUGACACUAUACUUGCCCUUUCAGGAUAGGUACUCAAUAUACGAGGAUUACGAUUAUUUGUUUGAGUUGAUAAAAUACACUCUUUUGAUGUUGGAUACUGUGAUUUCAAAUACAUACAAGGGAGAUAAGAAGAUGUUCGGAAAGCGAGGUUCACUUGAAAGUGGGACUAAGAGAAGUCACGGUCAGUAUACGCUAGUGAUUGAUACGCUGAGUGAAGUUACAAAUUACCCUGAACUAGAUUAUUACGCAAUGCUAGACAACGUGUUCAACUUCAUGCUAAUAGUUUCCAAAGGACCUCUGGGGCUGUUAAAUAAGUCGAAAGCAACUCAGUAUUUGUAUGAACAGAUUUUACUCCCGGGAAGCUCAGUGACCUAUUUGCUAGUAAAGUGUGCAACAGAGGCUAAGUUGACAACAGCAGUAUCUUUAGUAUGUAACGUGUUUAAAAGGGAUUUCAUAGUGAUGUCACUGCACAAAAUUUCAAAGUUUAACCUGGAAAAUAAGUGUCCAAACUGUAAUUCUACAUGUGGACAAGACCAACUAGUACAUAAAAAUGUAGAGAAGAGAAGCACCAAAAAGUUCACAUGGUUUUUGAAUAAAAUACAACUUCUACAGGGUAAUGGCGAUGUAAGAUAUCAGGUUAAGAGUAUUCAGAAGAGAUCAGGCUGUGAUGUAUGUCAUAACGUGGAUUUUAAUCAGAGGCCACUGUCACUAUUGAUGGCACACGAGGCGUUUCUGGAUGCUUUAUCAGCUUAUUCACCGGAUUUGAAGUGUGAUUUCGUGGGAAACUUGUCUACAAGAGAUACUGAGUUGAGGAUCAAGACCUUGUACAUUUUACUCCAGUUUGUGAAUAGGAAUUGUAGUCUUUAUUUGAACAAUAAGUUGCUCACAAGGUUCAAGUGUUAUUUGAAUAAGGCGACUUUUGAUUUGUACAGCACUGGCAACUUUGGGGAUUCUAGAGACAGGGAAUUUUACUAUGUGAUCAAUGAUGUUGAUAUGGAAACGGAAGAUUUAAUGCUGUAUAACAAGCUGAGAAGGUUAGUUCACGUGGAUUUUGACCAGAUUUCUUCAUUUUCAAACCUCAGACAGAUGAACACGUGUACAUUCAAGGCCAUGGUGACGUACUUCUUUUCCCUAAACCCAGAAAUACAACUUAAGGUGGUUGAUGAUAGACUCUUUUUGAAUAUGGUGAAGGCAUGCAGACAGGAUUGGGAGGAAAACAGCUGGCACAAGGUGUAUAUGCUCUCAAUCAUACUAAACCUGGUUUCCAAAACGCAUUACUCCAAACUAUUACUGCUGACCUGGUCAUCAAUAUUUGAGGAUACAAACAACAUCAAAUUUGAAAGAAAUAACUACAACUACAACGUCAUACAGUACUAUAAACUGGCGUAUAUGGUGGAGAUUGUAACUACAUACUCGAGUGUUUUGAAUAAAAUACACACCACAAAUCCAGAGCGAGAUACGAGUUUUUCAUACGGAGAGAAUGUUAAACAUGGUUUAUUGGAUAAUUACGGAAGUUUAAAGGAUUACGAAAGUUUGGAGGAUUACGGAAGUAAUGAAAGAACAAUGGAACAAGACCAAAAGGAGAAUGUGGAAAUAUUAAGUUUAUUGGAGCGAGUAGAUUUGGAUUACACAGGUUUGGUACACAACGUGAUUGAUAACUUCUGUGAAUAUGAGACAGUUUUGUAUGAAAAUCUGGUUGAUCGCAUAGGGAAAUUUGAUAGUAAGAGUUUGAAGAGGGUUUGGAAUAUCAAUUCUUACCCAAUUCACAACAACAAUUUGGUGAUUAGGUUACUAUCGCAAAAUUCACCUGAAGACGAUGUUUAUGAAGAGUACUCGACGUUGGUGGAGAUGUAUAACAGUUACAUGAUUGCAUUUUCAUUUCUGUUUGAAAAGAUGCUUAAGAUGUAUGAAAGGCUGGAAAUGCUAAAGUUUGACGUUGUUUUUGACUACAUGGAGGGUCGUGAACGAGAUUAUGAGAUUAAGUUCAUGUUACAACUGAGUGUAGUGAAGAGAUUAUAUGCAAAUAAGGAUUUUAACGUGGUUGUCAACGUCCUGAUACAGCUUGUAAACUACUUGUUGCAAACUGAUAACAGCCACCCGAUUCUGAAGGCAAAGAUUUACAACGUGAUAAACUACUUCAUCACCAUAACAUCAUUUGACAGUGUUUAUAAGAAUGUUAAACAUAGUCCUUCAUUUGAAAAUAUGCAUAAUAGAAGUGGUGGGAGUUUUGGGAGCAUGAAUAAGUUUGUCAGGGAAGGAGAUAAUAUGAUAAUGAGGAUGUUGAUAUCACAUUUAUCACACCAGAGUAAUAAAAACACGAUUUUGAAAAUGUUAUUUGAGGAUUCAACAAGGAAUUAUCCAGUUUACCAUGAUAUUGAAGUUUUGGGACAUAUUUUCACAGGUUAUAAAUCAGUAAAAGUGAAUAAUGGAGCUGAAGUGGAUUAUAGGAAUGGGAUGGAACUUGAUUCAUCUCAGAACAUGAACCAGGUGGAUACGGAUAUGGAUUCAGAAAAUUUGGAAGAAGAUAUGAAGUAUUAUAGGUUUAGAUGCAUUGAGAGUUUAUACUUUUCAUUGGAGAAGAAGAACCCAAAUUGUACAGUAGAGGCACUGAAGCUGUUAUCAUCACUAAUUAGGGGAUUAGGAACAUUUGAAGCUAAUAAAGUAGAGUUUGACACAGGGACUUUGGAAUAUGGACUAGUAGGAGAAAUCAGUGUUGAGAAUUUGAAAGAGUUGGUGACGAACAGGCUUAUGGUUAACUUUUACCUGUGUAAUGAAUGUUUGUUGAACACACCAUGUACCCUUUGCACUGAGCUUUUAAUGGGAACACUACACGUGCUUCACAGUGUCUGCACACUACACCAAUUUAGCUCAUUUUGGUUCAGCAUUAAGGUUAACGAACACGAAAAUCUCUCUGACAUGUUCCUCAAGUGUACAUUUUUAUCAGUAUUCACUAAUAAAGCGACCACAGGGUUACUUCUACCAACCAUGUUCAUCCUGGAGCAUUUGUUAUCGACUACGUCAAUUAAGACUAGGAACGCUAUCAUCACAUGGCUAAAUCAGUAUUCUGAUCUAUUGCUAUCACAUACAAGUUCACUAUUAAACCAAGAUACUAAAUUGGAAUUGGAUGAUCAAACUCAGAGUGAUAAUGACCAGGAUGAAGGAACAGUUUACAUUUGUUGUCUGCUAAGAGUAUACAGGAUAACGUUCUUAUGGCUGUUGUCAGAUUAUAGAGCACUUAACAGAUACAAGGAUAACUUCUCAUUAAUACUGGCAGAUGUACACUGUAAGUUUCCACUAGCAUCUUCAUUGCCAAAGCUGGUACCAAGUCUUCUAACUCUUUUUUCAAGUCAUUUAGACUCAAGCCUAAACUGGCUUGCAGUGCUUUUAUGCCUACAAACGUUCUUCCCCGAACUGGGAGCUUUUGAAAUGAAUUUAAAUUUCACAUCUCAUGUGCCAAUUAAAACGAGAGCGUUAGAACUGGUUAAACUACUAUUCCAAGUAAUGCUCAAGUGUUCAGAACAGUUUUUGAAAUUCCUCCACUACUACUCCACCUACGUUAAUUACACCACUAGCUCAUUUUUAACAAGUAAUCUGGACUCUUUUAACCAAAUGAAUAAGAUUAAUGGAUUUAAUAACGUUAAUGGAGUAAACGACAUUCACCCAGUUUACACUUUUAAUGGAUACAAUCACGCUGGUGAACUAUUUUUAGGGCUGGAUGAGAGAUUGAGCGGAAUGCUGACGUUGAAGAUUGUAACUUUGGACUGCUGUGUGAUUUUGCUAGAGUAUAUUUUAUCACUAGUGAGUCUACCAAACGCGGUUGGAUUGAAUGAAAAUGCACCUGAAGUUAGUGUAUUUAACCCAGGAACAGCGCUGAAGUUGGAAAAUCCGGAAGAAAUUAGAAGAGUAAUUGAAAAAUUGGCUAAGGUAUGUACAGCAAACGGAGGUUCAGUACCGUCACAACCGAGAGUAAACUCAGUGGAAUUUUUAAAUCCACGCCAGUUGGAGCAAGUUCCAUCAUUCGUAAAGCAGUAUAACUACACACAUAGAACACUUUUUACGACACUUUUAACAAGCCUGUUGAACCUCGAUUCCAUACUACGACUGUAUACUUGAGAUUUUAUCAUUAAUUUACUAAUCUUCUUUAAAUUUA